UGUCAGCCACCCGGUUGCUUUACUGCAAAUCAAAACAUCUUUGAAAUCUCGCGCAGUUUUUUAUUGAUUUAAAUUAAUCUAAAUAAUUAUUAUUGUUGAGGAAUUAUUUUUUUUUUUAAUAAUUAUUACAAAAAAUGGCGGAUGAAGCGGAGCAGAUUCUGGCGAUCAAUGUCAAGGAACCUUUGGAUUUGAUUAAAUUGAGUAUUGAUGAGAGAAUUUAUGUCAAAAUGAGGAAUGAACGUGAAUUACGAGGACGUUUACAUGCUUAUGAUCAACAUUUAAACAUGAUCUUGGGAGAUGCCGAAGAAACGGUAACGACUGUCGAAAUUGACGAAGAAACCUACGAAGAAGUUUACAGAACAACCAAAAGAAAUAUCCCAAUGUUGUUUGUCCGUGGAGAUGGUGUUAUUUUGGUUUCACCGCCUAGUAUGCGCGCUCAGUGUUGAAGUUAAAAUAUAUAUUUACCCAAAUGUCAAUCAACACUCAAAGGCAUUAAAUAAGCUUUAUAUAAAAAA